CAACGUAAUUAAUUUGUGUGACUAUUGAUGACGUACAUGCAAGUUUGCAUUGCGACGCAAUCUUAUACAUAGGAAUACUUUGAUUCCAGUGUCAAUAAACGAGUUACCAACGUUUUGCCGGUCAACAGACUUCUUGCAAAUGAUGUGAAAUAUCUAAUUUUUAAUGUGUUUUGCAAAUCGCACAAAAAAUCUUGUUAUUUAGUUGUAAUAUUGUGAGAAAUAUCAAACAUUUUCCCAGCAUGCUGUGCAAAGAAGGCCGCGUCAGCUUGUAUUGUUUUCUGAUCACAGCGUGCUGUGUCCUGCUGCCGUCGAUACCGCAGAUUUAUUAUGGAAUUGUACCAAAUGUUUGGGGCGCCAUCCUCUGGGGUCCUGUGUUGUAUUACGCACUAAUUAAUAUCAUCAUACGCUUUGUGCUGCGCAAUACCGAUUAUCAGGUUGCCAUUCGAGCCUCUUUUCUGGGCUUCACAGAAGCUGUAAGUGUGCUGGUCAUUUGCUUUGCGCCCAUGCAAUGGCAGCAAUUUGGCGUCUAUGGCUGCUUUAUGUCCUUCUUCCACUAUUCGGAGUUUUUGGUGAUUGCGUGGGCCAAUCCACGCACGUUAUCCUUGGACUCUUUCAUGCUUAAUCAUUCGGUGCACUAUGGGUUGGCGGCCACAGCCAGCUGGCUGGAGUUCAUACUUGAACUCUACUUUUUGCCCGAAUUCAAACGUUUUGGCCACAUAUGGUUGCUGGGCGUGGUUAUGUGCACUUGUGGCGAGCUGAUACGCAAGGUGGCCAUCAUUACAGCGGGUCGCAGCUUUACCCAUUUGGUGCAAGAUGAAAAGCAUGCCGACCACAAGCUGAUCACCAGUGGCAUUUAUGCUUAUAGUCGGCAUCCGUCGUAUGUGGGCUGGUUCUAUUGGUCAAUUGGCACACAGGUGAUCAUGAUGAAUCCCCUGUGCAUUAUUAUCUACACACUAGUCAGUUGGAUGUUCUUCUACGAUCGUAUCAGAAUCGAAGAGUAUUCCCUCUUGCAGUUCUUCAAAUCCGAUUACGUUCGUUAUCAGAAGCGAGUCUCAACGGGCCUGCCUUUUAUCACCGGCUAUCAGAUUGAGUAACACACAACCCCAACACAAAAAGUUAGUAAAGUCAAUCACACAAACAACAAAACAAAUGUAGCAUUUAAGAUUUUGUAAGGUUAAUAAAUUAUAAAUUCAAAUCAAAGCAAUGUGUAUUGUUUAGAAAAUAGAAUUCUUUGUAUUUGGUAUUGUAUUGAGGAUUAUUUGUGUAACAAAGAAGUAAAUUAUAUGUUGCUUACACGGUGGAUUAUGAAACUAGUGACAAGCGCGAUUAUCAAGAUAAGAAUUCCAAUGAAAUUGGUAAUUAGCUGCAAUACGCGUCAGAGAUAAAAAAGCAGGUGUGUCAUAAGUAUAUAUAUAUAUAUAUAAAUCAUUGUCCGAUAUGGUGUGAUAUAUUAUAGAGAAAUAAAUAUUUGCCAUACAAUGUUGUGGCCAUAGCUGUAAUCCUGUCAAUCUAAUCUGAAUAGCUAACUCAGCGAUUGCGCACAUCCCGGAAACUGAACCGAGUUUGACCAGCUUUAAUCGUUUAAAUAUGGUUCGUUUCCUCAAUAAGCAAUUGUUGGUGUACAUGUAUUCUUAAAAAUAUUGCUGUUCAUAGAAAAUUUAUCAGUUAAGUUCAUCUCUGGAUCAGCAACCCAUUGUGCUCGUAGAAACAAAAAACAAAUUGUGUUUUAUUUUUAGUUUUUGUGUAUGUUAGUGGUAUUUGUUUUUUAUUAUUAUCAAUUUAAAUUCGAAUAUUGCUCUAACUUUUGUAUAUAAACCACAAUGCCCACAAGUUGUUCCGUGCAUAGCUCACAAAAAUGUAUAUUAAUGGGUGUCCAUGUGAGUGUGUGUGUGUAGAAUAUAUGUACAAAUAAUUAUCAACGUUAAUAAAUUGUCUUAGUCACUCUUUGAA